GUGGGGUUCACGAUCGGCAUGACCUUGUUCGACCUCAUCAGGACGAAGGCGGUCUUGGCUACGAGGCUAAAGGGCGUGAAGAAGAUCUACCACACAGAGCUGCAGGCCUACAGCCCUCCCUACGAGGACGACAUCGAGGACACGAUGGAGCUCAUCCUCGGCUUUGGCUUCCUGAUGAUGUUCACCACGAGCGUUACGGUCAUGCCGAUGCUCGCCCUCUUGUCCAACCUG